UCUCCUCACUGACAGGCCAGCAGAGCCUCUUUAAUGCUUCCAGUGGGAAUGACAAACCAGAGGCGCUCCUCGGGCUAUCACGGCGAAUAAUGACAGCAAUCAUGGGCUCAUCCUAAAGGCAUAUUCGGCGGCACUAACGGGACCUGCGGGGACUGGGAGAGCCCGCGGACGCGCAAAAGUGGGCUGAGGGCUCGCCAGGUGAAGCUCGAUGGACUGGAUUGAAUCGUCCUCUGCUGUCGGACUGAGCCAGGGAGCGAAAGAAAGCUCUGCAUGUUCAAGUUUCCUUCUCCGAGCUGAGGGCCAUCGGUGUGUGCGUGUUGGAUGUGCGUGCGCGCCCGUGGAGGCGUGUGUUGGGUGCGCUGCGCCCGCAGGAGCCGCAGCAGCAGGAGCGGCGGGAAGCGAAGUUUAGCGCCGUGAUUUUUGGCUUGUUUUCUGGUCUCCUUUGUGUUGCCCUCAUGUCACAGCGGGGAACGGGCGGAUUAACGUUUCCCCGAUGAAAAUUAAUCAACUAGCCAGCAGCUCCGUGGUCGUGACUAUCAUGAUGAUGUCGAGUAAGAACGUGGAGUGGCUGCAGGACGAGCUGGAGUCCGGGGCCGGCUCGCUGCUGCUGCUGGACUGCAGGGCGCACGAGCUGUACGAGUCCUCGCACAUCGAGUCGGCCAUCAACCUAGCCAUCCCGGGCCUCAUGCUCCGGAGGCUGAAGAAGGGCAACCUCCCCAUCCGCUCCAUCAUCCCCAACAACGAGGACAAGGAGAAAUUCGUCAAGCGGUGCAAGACGGACGUGGUGGUUCUGUAUGACGAGGCGACGUCGGAGCGGCAGGAGUCCGGGCUGGGGAGCUCCGUGAUGGGGCUACUUCUGCAGAAACUGCGGGACGACGGGUGCAAGGCUUUCUAUCUGGAGGGAGGCUUCAGCAAGUUCCAGUCAGAGUACCCUGAACACUGCGAGACCAAUCUGGACUGCUCCUGCCCCAGCAGCUCCCCCCCGGCCUCUGUCCUAGGUUUGGGAGGGCUCCGCAUCAGCUCCGACUGUUCAGACGGCGAGUCGGACCGCGAGCCGGGCAGCGCCACAGAAUCCGAGGGAAGCCCUCUCCCCAGCAACCAGCCGGCGUUCCCUGUCCAAAUCUUGCCGUACCUUUAUCUGGGCUGUGCCAAAGACUCUGCAAACCUGGACGUGCUCAGCAAGUACAACAUCAAGUACAUUCUUAACGUGACGCCCAACCUGCCCAACAUGUUCGAGCAUGAGGGGGAUUUCAAGUACAAACAGAUCCCCAUCUCCGAUCACUGGAGCCAAAACCUGUCACAAUUUUUCCCAGAGGCCAUUUCCUUUAUCGACGAGGCGCGCUCCAAAAAGUGUGGCAUCCUGGUCCACUGUCUAGCAGGAAUCAGCCGCUCGGUCACCGUCACAGUGGCCUACCUGAUGCAGAAGCUCAACCUGUCGCUCAAUGACGCCUACGACUUUGUCAAGAGGAAAAAGUCCAACAUUUCUCCCAACUUUAACUUCAUGGGCCAGCUCCUGGAUUUUGAGCGGACACUGGGCCUCAACAGCCCCUGUGACAACCAUUCCGCCUCUCCGCCACACGACCAGCUCUUCUUCACCACCCCAACCAAUCACAACGUUUUUCAGCUAGACACACUGGAAUCCACAUGAAAGUAAGACUUGACGGUGAGCCCCACUGUGAAGAUGGGCGGAGGGGUCCAGGUGGAGUGGUUACAAGAGGACGGCAUCCAGUUUAAUGGAUGUUUUAUCCUGGUGGGGUCCUUGUCUGGGGGCCUGGCCACAGAGGAGCAUCGGAGCGGCUAGUGGAGUCAUGGCUGCCGCGCUGAAGGAGGUCAAACGGGAGUCUUUUCUGACCCAGAGAUGUGAACGUUUGGUAUACAAAUGUGUUUUCUGUGCUGAUUAAAUCCACGGACAAACCCCCAAUCAGCUUGCCGUAAAGGACAUAAAGGGUGAUGGGGGGGGGGCUUUUUUACUCUACUGAGAAACUGGCCCGCAGCACGACAGACAGCGUCAUACAAAGAUAAAAUCACAGAAAAACCUUCAAUACUCAAUUUAGGAGAUGGCAGCAUCCUCUCUGAUAUUCCAUGUGGAGCUGACAGGAGUCAAUCUGGGGUUUACUGACAGCAAAUGUCCCUCUACUGGACGUAGAGUUUUAAAAACCAAGGAAUUCACAGACACACACACAUCCAUAAAAAGUAUGUAUGUUUUUACUGUGUGUAUGUGUAUGUAUGUAGCAGAAAAUGUAUGAGCAGUCCAUAACAAAUUCAGCAUGUCUAUAUGCAUUUUUUUGGAUAUUUUUAUGUAUGUUUAUGGACAGAUCUAUACCUUAUACAAAUACAAAUGCAUAGAAAUUUUUAUCUUUUUCCAAAAACGAAGUAAUUCAAUCUAAAAUGGCUUAAAAGAUUGUAAAACAGAAGAAAAGGAAAGGGUGCCUCCCCCCCUUUUAUUUUUUUUGUUUGGCUUUUUAAAUGACCUAAUGCAGUUUGCACAGUGGUGUAGCCAUCGACUUGCUGGCACUUGAAUCCAGUGCUGGAAGCAGGCAGAUAAAGAGACAUUCAGAGAGAGUGGAGUGGACAGAGGAGAGGCCAGUCCCAGGCUCUGACAAGUCCUGACAGCUGCACGGGGAGGUGGGUCGGGAGCCGGAACUGGACCAGGGGCAGAGUUUCAGAGUAAACCGUGGGUGAAAACAGGACCCUGAAGUUAUGAAGCAGCUCAGUGGUCGUUCAGUUUGGGGGUUGGGGAGAAUAUGACUCUUCGUAUGCAGCUCCAAGUUCCUCUUUUUCUCCUCAAAUGAAUAUUCAUUGUAAGGAGAAAUACCCGUGUUUCCACCAGCUUUUCAUAAUAUUUUCUUCAUUUCUGUUCAAAACCAAACUUUGGACGUUUCAUCACAACAGCUGUCGCUCCACGAUGUUUGGCCAAACAGAUCUCUGGCAGCUCGGACUUUUGUUCUGUGAAAAGAUCUCAGUGAGGAUGGAAAAAUAGGAACAUUUUCUUUUUUUUUUACAUUUUUAGUUGUAUUUUUUCGGGCACCUUACUUUAACAGACUUGGCCAAAGUUAUACCUCAGGCUCUCACACGCACAUUUGCCAAAAACUACACCAGGACAAGAGACUGUUGUUUGAAUUUGGACUCUGAUGUCAAAGGCUGGGAUUGGCCUCAGUUACAGGCUGGACUUACGAUCUUCAAUAGUUCAUGUCCCCACGCUGCAUUAGAGGGCACUGAAAACGAAAGUUUUGCUUAGUAGGGGUUGCUCUCUUCUUUAAAAAAAAAAAAAAAAAAAAGGAAAAUGAUCCCAUGGGUUGGUUCACUCGUAAGCCUUGGAUACGGUAUAUAAAAGAUAUAUUAUGGAGAGUGAGUUCACAAUUUAUAUAUAAUAAAGUUAAUAUUUAGUGAAUAUAUCUUAUUUUGUAUACCCGAGCAUGCUGUGUUGCUGUAUGCUCUUCUAACAGUAGACAUAACAACGGGGUUGGGUGUUGCUUUAAGCCAAAAAAAAGAGGCCUGUUUUUUUAAAUGUUGUUGCUGCUGAUGUCGGUGGCACACAGCAUGUGAUGGAGGUGUUUUCUGAGGCCACGUCCACAUCACAGCAUUAAAAGAGCAGCUUCGAAGUAGUUGAACAGAAAAAAAAAAAGGUCUGUUUUCACAAUGAAAAAGCCAUAAAUGUGUCCACUUCUACAGACAUGCAGGCACUUCAGGUGUUGUUUGAAUUUACUAUGAUGUAAAUCUACCAGUUGAGUUUGUUGGUAAAUUGAUUUUAGACACCCCAUCCUUCCCAAAAAAUAAAAAAUUCAUUCCAAAAGAAUUGCAUACCAGUCAAUCUUUACACUCCAAGAUUCAUGCACAGAAAUCUCACACUUUUACCUGUAGGCUCAUUUACAGUGGAUAAAGAGUGAAAAGAUAAUUUUUGGUUGUGACAACUUAAAAUCAGCGAAAGAGAAAAUAGUGAUAAAAAAAUAAAAGUCCAAGCAUAGACAUGCAACAGAAAUAAAGCUAAGUGCCAAAAAAAAAGCUCUCUAAAGGAAGGCUGUUUAAAAGAUGAAUAUCUUCGCGGUUCCCACUAAAGCUCAAUGUCAGGCAGAACAGAAGCACCACAAAAAGGCUGCGGCAGCAGUUGUAACAAUAAAACACUACAUUUCUGUUGGGCGGAAAGGUGCACUACACUCAAAACGUGAACAUUUCUUUAGAAUUUUAUUGAUCUUAUGAUCAAAAUUAAUUGAAAAUAUUCCUCCAAGGUUUUUUGCCUUUGAAAAAUAAAACGUAAACGACAAGUGGAUUAGAACUUUAAUAAAGAGCUAAUUCCCAGUGCAGGUGUGAUCGCUCUAAAGCUGAUGUGGACAAGGUCUAAACAGAAACAAAAGCAUGAGUUUUCUGCUGGAAAGGGGUGACACCUCCCUGUUGGUUUAAGCUGGCCUUAUACAGUCUUUCUAACUUGUUUCUAAUGUUGACUGUUCAACACUCUUUGUAUCUUCAGAAAAAGGACGUGUUGAAAAAAAAUAGUUUGGAUAAGAACACAGUAAUAAUAGAUUGCAAACUGUCUUCUUACUGUAACGGGUCACACGAGGUCCUCUUUGUUACUCUGCAAUAUAUUAGGACACCUUUUUUUGCAGUAUUUUGUACAUCCAAGACUUCAGCCUUUUUAAACCUUUUUUGUAUGAUGUCAUCUCUGUACAAGAUCCAGCUUAAUCCUGACCUGCGGACUGGAAUAAGAUUUUACCUUUGGUGUCUAAAAUGUGGGUCCAACGUGAUAGAACCCCCAGCAAACACCCUCGUUUGUGUCACAAGAGCCAAUUAUGCCACCUAGCUUAAAUAAUAACGAGAUAUUUUUCCAUCAUGUUUUGAUAAAAUGCGCUCUAUGCUAUUCCUGUGGCCUUUCAAAAGUAAUAUACUGUAAAUCUCAGUAUAUAUGUGUUAUAAAUUAUAUGCAAAGUUUGUGUCCUAUUACAGUGUCACAAAUGGUAAUUAUACAGCUGUGCUUUAAUGGACUCUUCUCGUCUGGAAUCGUAUUCCACUGAAUCUAAGAUAAAAACACUGAGGACUUGAUCACUCACCGAUAACCGUACAUAUUUCAGGAUGAAGCUUUUUUAUUGGAAAGAAUACAUUUGAUUUGAAGCAGCUUUCUUGUAUUUUUGUGUCUCUAUAACAUUGAAAGAAGAAACAAGUUUUUAUGUCUGUGAUUAUUUUCCAAAUCCCAAGAGCAGAAGUGUCUGCAUCCUUAAACGUGUAGCUACAAUACAUCUCGCUAAGAAUGUGCUUGUGAGGGAGUGGUGUGUCUGAGAGGCAGAAGGUAGAGGUGAUGAUCGGAAAGAAGAAGUGAAUGAAUAAAAAUGUUUUACCUCAGUGAGGAAUAUUUCAGGGAUUUUUUUCUUUUUUUUUUUUGGACAAUGCAUCUUGCAUCGUGUAACAGCUCUGAAGUCACACGGAUCAGCUGUUUUGUAUUGUGCUGUGAAGGGUUUUUAAGAGGACGAUGCAACCUGUCUGUGAAAAAAACCCACAAGGCAUGUUACCUGAGGCAGUUUUACCUUUCUGUCUGCUAAAAGAAAAUCUUAUUGACCCUUAUGUAUUGUACGAUACACAACACCAGACAUGUUUAUACUGCAAAUAAAUAUUUGAUUUUUUUCUUUAA